GAUCACGUGACUCUCCGUUAGCCACAGUCAGUCAGUGUUAGCAAACAACAUGACCCGGCUGCUGCCACGGCUAAGAGAUCUUCAUCUACGAUGCUCGUUAUUUUAUGACGCUACUCUUCGUUUAUCAGGGAAAGAGUUUCACACUCAGACUCUCACUCAAAACAAAGGCAAGCUAGAGAUCAGUACACAUACCUCAAACACUGCAGCAAUAUGAAAAGAGCUUGUUGACGUUAGCUGUGCUAGCAUGCCUAGCAUUUCAUAAUGGAACGCUUCAUGUUUUAGCAAAUUAGCAGUUCUUUUCACGUGUAAACACUACCGACAUCACGUCUGACUCACUCUGGUGCAAUGUGUAAGUAAAAUGAGGCUCUGAAUCCUCCAAAUGGUACAAGGUGUUCUUCCAGUUCUGUCAUUACAAACCAUGAUAACCUGCUAACAUCGGUGACGGGUUGACAUUGGUACAGAUUAUACUAAUAAAGCGAUGUUUCAUUAAUGCUCCUCACGUUUUGCAUUUAAUGACAGACCUGUAGCAUCUUAAAAAGCUGAAUGUUGUCAGUCUGUUGACGAGUUGUGGGUGGCUGUGUCUUUAAAUUCGGGUCAUUGAGGAGGAGGGGCUUAUUUGGCGCAACUUCCAGCGCGGGAAAUUCGUUGCACAUAGAACCGCGAAAAAGCCUCUGCAGGAGUUUCACUCCCUGCAGCAGCCUGUAGUGUUUCAGUUUCACAUAGUCCUUUUUAUAUAUUUUUUUGAAGCCCGCUAUUAACAGUGAUACCUUCUGCCGACAUGCCAGCUUUAGAGGUUGCAGACAACUCCGGGAUUUCUCCGUCAAAGAGGGCGAGGACGGACACAAAGCCUGUGGAAGAAAAACCUGUCCUUAGAUUUGCAAAACUUUCUGAGCAUGCUACAACUCCAACCAGGGGAUCGGCUAAAGCAGCAGGAUAUGACCUCUACAGGUUUGUUAUACUUGAAUCAAAAUCAUCUUUGGGUUUAUGAAGGUGACUUUAGGGAUACAGAAUACACGUGUUUUAAACAAUGUGACCAUAUAAAUACUGUGUUUUGCUAAGGGUUGCAGCGACCUUAAAUGAGGAUUAAAUCCCAGUGUUAAAUUUUAGAUGUAAACAUGUCCUCCUCUAGGUAUUUAAUCUGACCUUAAUUUUCCAAAUGUUCACAGUGCUUAUGAUUACACCAUUGGUCCUCUGGAUAAGGCCAUUGUGAAGACAGACAUUCAGAUAGCAGUUCCACAUGGCUGCUAUGGGAGAGUAGGUGAGUGUUUGACAUGCUGAUGCAGCUCUAGUGUCACCCAUUUCUCUUCCUGUGCAUGCACACUCAUUUUCUCAGUGCAUUUAGUUAGUACAUCCCAAUUCUCUCUUGGUGGCGUAAGUUACACCCACUGCAGAAGAACACGUCUAACCGCCAUGAUCUAUUUUUUCUCUUUGUGUUUCACUUCAGCACCCAGAUCUGGUUUGGCAGUCAAAAACUUCAUUGAUGUUGGCGGUAAGUGACAUACCUGAGCUACUUCUCAUGAGAAACUAUUCAAGCGCCUUAUGUUUUAACCCAUGUCAUGCCUGUGGUUUUAAUUGGUCUGAUUCUUCAUCUCUUUUCAGCUGGGGUUGUAGAUGAAGACUACAGAGGAAAUGUGGGAGUUGUGCUCUUUAACUUUGGCAAGGAAGCAUUUGAAGGUGAGUUCUUGAUGAUUUUUUGGUUACAGUAGAGCCUUACAAAUGAUGCUCAUUAUGCCUUUUAAGAGCAUUAGUCAGUAUUUUCAGCCUGAUGUUGCUCUAUUCUCCAUCAGUGAUCAAAUUAAGUGCAAGUUGAGCCUAAUAAAUGCUCUUAAUGCCUCUUUAUAGCUUUUUUUACACCACAGUAGAGCAACAAUUGAAAAAUCCCUCAAAAUUAAUAUUGGGAACUCGAUAUUCUGCUUUUGUAGUACUUCAUCACAUAAAGACAUCUUCACAUGAUGGCAGCUGGACAGACUAUAGAUCCCAUUUAAAGUUUGAAGUAGGUAAAGGGUUAAGAUUUGCAUUUCAGAUUGUAACCUCCUGUUUCCCUUUCAGUGAAAAAAGGAGACAGAGUUGCUCAGCUGGUUUGUGAGAGAAUCUGCUACCCAGAUCUGGAGGAGCUGGAGGUAAAUACGAGUUCAAAUACUCAAACACACUAUUGACACGUAUUAAUUUAACAGUUUUUAAAGGCACACUUGGCUGAAAGUCCUGCAGAAUUGUACGGCAGGCGUUUAAACAACUACAUAUGAACUUUCAAAAAGUUUUACACACAACUUUAUCUUUUUGAAGAUGUAGCUCAGUUGAUUUCUGUUAUACACAAUUGUUAAAUAAUUUUGGCUACCUCUUUAUAUAUCAGAAGGAUGGUCUCUUAGCUCGGUGUUGCAGCUGUAACCAAUAAACCAGCAACAGAGUGUUACCUGUUUUAAAAAAAAAACUUGCGCAAACAUUGUCGGCUUUUGCAUUAGAUGUAUGAUCUAACUGCAUGUCUUGACUUUACUUUUGUUGAUUUAAAAUCAUAUCUUUCUUGUUUAAGACACUGGAUGAGACUGAGCGAGGGGCUGGAGGUUUUGGAUCGACUGGGCUCAACUAAAUACUCCAAAAAUCCAAGGUGUUGAGUUGUAUAUGUUGAAAAUAAAUCUAAAAGUUUCUAAUAAAGGUCUUUGUUUUGUACUCUUG